GCUCAAGUGUCUACUGCGCAGUCGCCGAUGCAAGAGACGCAGUAAGAGAAAAUAUAUGGGAAAAUGGCCCUCGAUAAUGUACUUUUUGCGCAAUGCAUCCUCUAUUUUUUGGCGUUUGUGUUUGGCUUUAUUUCCGUAGUGCCUCUCUCCGAAAACACGGAGGAUUUUCAUGGAAAAUGCUUGCUUUUCACGCGUGGUAUGUGGCAGAAUGAGAACAUCACAGUUUCAAAGCAGCGCUUCAUCGUUGAGGAGUGGGGACCGGAGUCUUCCUGCAGUUUCAUCACUUUUGUCGGGAUAGCAUCUCUCGUCCUCUCCGCAGUGCAGGCAUGGAGACUGCUGUUCUUUCUUUGCAAAGGCCACGACGAUUCCCUGUUCAAUGCCUUCCUGAAUCUGGUGAUCAGCUCCCUGGUGGUGUUCACAGUGUUCCUCUCCAGCACCAUCGUCAGUGUGGGCUUCAACCUGUGGUGUGACGCCAUCACAGAGGGAGGGAGCAUGUCCAGCAGCUGUGAGGACCUGCAGGACACUGAUCUGGAGUUAGGCCUUGACAACUCCUCGUUCUAUGACCAGUUUGCCAUUGCUCAGUUUGGUCUGUGGGCAGCGUGGCUGACAUGGAUGGGUAUCACGGUCAUGGCCUUCCUCAAGGUCUACCACAACUACCGCCAGGAGGACCUUCUGGACAGUCUGAUCCACGAGAAGGAGCUGCUGCUGGGAAGCUCGUCCCGCCGGGGCUCUGAUGCCAACCAGAUGAAGAGUGGCAUGGUCUAACACCCAGAGGACACGUGCACAUCACUGAAACAUAUCCUCUUAUCCUACCCUUACUGCCAUCAUAGAUAGGCCAGCCCCUGACAACCUAUAUACCAUCAAUUGAAAUUCCAUUAACUGUGAUUAGAGUGCAUUGUUAUGCCUUGCUUACAUAUACUCCUCCUCAGAUAUAUGCAGUCUGAUUUACCAGUUGAAAACGCUGCUGUUGACAGCAAAGCGUAGGGUAAAGGCAUUCCGGCUGUAUUGUGGAGCUGAUUCAAUCCACUUGUCCACUUGCUAUAUUUAUAUUUGUUAAUGAGUUACUGCUGACAUGUCUUCCCCUUCAAGGCACUCACUGGAGUGUAAAUUGGCUCAGAGAAUCAAGGCCAUUUAAUGAGGAUAGAAAUGGAACGUAGAGACUUCUUUUAAAAAUGACUUCCUAUUUAGCUGCACUUAGAUGAUGACUCAACACAGGGUGGUUAAAGGAUGGUGAAAAUUGAUCUUUUUUAUUUGAUUUUUUUUACUGUGUGCAUGUAACAUUAGACAUGUGAGCAGGAUGUAGUUGUUGAUGUUGGGCAAUAUAUUUUUUCGUAACAAUCCAAAUACAUUCAGAUUGUGCAGGCUUUCA